AUGGCUGUCGUUUCGGAGAGGAAGCUUCCGUUUGGGAAGAUAGAGCCCAACACCAGCAGGUAUUUCUAUAGCUGUGCGCUGGGUGGGAUUGUCGCGUGUGGCCCAACUCAUACCGCAAUCACGCCGCUGGAUCUCGUCAAGUGUCGUCGGCAGGUCGAUCCCAGCAUUUACUCGUCCAACAUGUCGGCGUGGCGGUCGAUAUUCGCCAAAGAAGGCAUCCGCGGCGUGUUCUUCGGCUGGGCGCCGACCUUUGUGGGAUACUCGUUCCAGGGGGCUGGCAAGUACGGCUUCUACGAGUACUUCAAAUACCUGUACGGGGACCAGAUGUUCCCCAGCACGAACCGCACGCUGGUCCAUCUGGGGGCCAGCGCGUCAGCCGAGUUUCUGGCCGACAUUGCGCUGUGUCCCUUUGAGGCGAUCAAGGUUCGCAUGCAGACCUCGCUCCCGCCCUACGCCCACACCCUGCGCGAGGGCUGGAGCAAGGCCGUCGCCAAGGAGGGCCUGGGGGGGUUGUACAAGGGUCUGUACCCGCUCUGGGCGCGCCAGAUCCCGUACACGAUGACAAAAUUUGCUACCUUUGAAGAGACCGUGAGCAUGAUCUACCGCACGCUGGGCCGGCCCAAGGAGAGCUUCAAUGGGCUACAGCAGACGGGCGUCAGUUUUCUGGGCGGUUAUAUUGCUGGUAUCUUCUGUGCGAUUGUCAGCCACCCGGCCGAUGUCAUGGUCAGCAAACUGAAUGCAGAUCGUCAGGCUGGCGAGUCUGCAAUGAAGGCCGUGUCGAGAAUCUAUGGUAAUAUUGGGUUCCCGGGUCUCUGGAACGGCCUGACGACUCGUAUCAUCAUGCUGGGAACACUGACUGGCUUCCAAUGGUUAAUUUACGAUUCGUUCAAGGUCUUCCUUGGUCUUCCCACCACCGGUGGCCAUUAG